AAAUCCGACAAAAGGAACUCGCGUGAUCUAGAUGAACACUGCGCUCGAUGACGCGCCGAUCGACGGGCUUGGCGGUGGCCCGCCGUCAAACUUGAGCACAAGUGUAGUGAAUCCCCGGCCGUGGGAGUGGGGCAAGUACGUGACCCCGUUGGCACGCCAAGGAUUUCUGGACAAACAAAGCCGCAAGGACCGAACCAAGUGGAAGCUGCGGUGGGUUGUCAUGCAAGACAACGUGCUGUACUACUUCAAGGAGCCGUUCCCGGCGUCGAACGUGAACUUGUACGAGAGCGACAACCGCCUCCUCCGGUUGUACCGACACGGGUCGAUUCAACUCGACACCGUUGCGACAGUGUGUACAGCAAAGGAGUGGGGGCCCGCCGCGUUUCAAAUCAAGGUUCAAGAGCGCAAAUACAUCUUCAAGGCCGACACAAAGGACGAGAUGAACAAUUGGCUCUUCGAGUUCCACCGAUCGAUUGCGAACCUGAUCGUCAUGAUACGGUCCAAGAGCCUCAGCACCAGCGCGAGCGUCACCCGGUACAUGGAAAUCGCGCGCCAGCGCCAGCACCGUAGCCAGUCGUUCGACUGCCGCGACCACGUCAUGUUUGAGCAGCUCUCGCACUGCGUCCCGUUCGACGACUACGCGCCGACGUUGCGGCAUUCAAUUGAAUCGGUUCUUUCCCAUUCGACGACGCCGCUGGGCGGGAGCACCGGCAGCUUCAAGAGUCCAUGCACCAGUCCCAACUACUUUCCGUUUCAGAUAGACGAGGUUGGCCUGGAAGAAGAAGACGUUGAAGCGCUCGAGUUGGCACCGCCCGUGCCUUCGUUUGACGAGCUCGUGGCCACAUCCGACGAUUCUCCUUGCACGCCCUCGUCUGUGCUGUAUACCUCUCCACAUGUCUCGACUGCCACGACUUCGUCAUCCACGACAACCUUUUCCCACUUUGCCCGUACAAACAACAUCACGGUGGUCGUCCCAGAGCUCGAAAAGUGCCUAUCGCCACCAACUUCCACAACUACCACACCCAAGCCACUGCCACGCAAACAAGCUUACGUCCCGCCGCACCUCCGCAAAGGCUACGUACCCCCGCCGCCGUCGUCGUCCGCGGGCAUGUCGUCGCCGCCCCCCGGCUCGCCAUUUUGCACACCCGCCAUGCCCUCUCGCAUGGACUACAACCACCUUCACGGUGACAGCGCCACGCACGGCACAUCCACGUUUGGCUACACAUCGCUUGUGGGCAAGCGGCCAACGUUGGAGGACAUGAUAUGCGUCCACCCCGACUUUAGCCCCCACCAGUCGGUGUACGCGCUCUUUGACGGCCACGCGGGUGUCCACGCGGCAAAGUACGCGAUGACGCACCUCCCGACCAAACUGCAAGCCCACGCAGAGUUUGACACGCCGAAUUGGCGGCAAGCGUGCACGGAUAUCUUUCGCGAGAUCGAUGCCGAGUGCCUCGUCGACCCGUUGGCCGCCGUCUCCGGUACCACGGCGUCCGUCGUGAUCGUUCGAGGAUCCAAACUGCUGACGGCCAACAUUGGCGACAGUCGCGCGGUCAUGUCUGUUUGUGGCCAGGCGCAUGACAUCAUGGGAGUCCAGCACCCCGGGCGUGCAGACGAACGGUUGCGCAUUGAGAAGGCUGGUGGAUGGGUGGUCGAAGAGCAAGAACUCCACAUGAACAAGCUCCACGGCAUGGACCUGAACGACCCGCUCAUUGAGCAAAAGGCGAACCGCGUCGUCCAGUGGAUGCAAAUUUAUCGCGUCAAUGGCGAGCUUGCCGUGUCGCGGGCCAUCGGCGACAUCGACUACAAGCGUCCCAACGAGUGCUUGACUUGGUUUUACCCCCAUGACCAUCCCCGCACUGCCUUCACCGACAGCUUGGUGAUUGUCGACCCGGAGUUUGCGGAGUACGAGAUCACGCCGGAGAGCGAGUUCUUUGUCCUGGCGUGCGAUGGCCUGUGGGACACCAUUACAAGCCAAGAAGCAGUGACCCACGUCCGCGAAAAACUGCUUCAGAAUCUCUCGUUGCAGGACGUCAGCUAUUCCCUCGCCGACCUCGCGAUCCGUUCGGGGUCGCUGGACAAUGUAAGCGUCGUCGUCACGCUCCUGAAGGAUCGACAUAAGAUAACCUAACGUUGCUGCGACACCCUGCUCUGUUCGCAA